AUGGCGAAAACCUCCAAAACCGUCCCACAAAAGGAGAAAGCUUCUUCUUUUUCUUCCCGAUCAGCCGGUGACAAAACGCCGGUGGAACCGCUCCCUCACGAGUAUGUUCCCGGACCUUUGGUUGCCUGGAUGCCUCAUGUGAUCCCCGACCUCGAAGACUGGGUUGGAAGCUGGCUGCGACUUCCUUCCAUGCCGAGCACUGCUGGCAUGACUUGGCAAGGGGCAGAUGGGAGGCUAAGAAUCAUGGUCGGCCCUGCCUGGGGAAGAGGUGGAUCCAAAUCGGCCAAGGACAAGAAAAAGAAAAGGGCCUCACCUUCUGAUACCCCAAGAGCUCGUAAGCCGAAGGACGACUCCGCUGCUCUACUUGCUGACGUAGCCCAAAGGCUACAAGAUGAAGAAGAGGAGGAGGAAGAUACUGGUUAUGAGUUGGUGCCUCGAAAGAGGGGGAGCGUCAAAGUUUCAACAGCGGCUGGGCCGGUGAUGGCCAAGGAGACUCGCCCUCGGACCGAGGAGAUCUUAGAAUGUGCUCCGAGCAAAGUCCCCGAGUCAUCGGGGGUCGAAGAUAUCUCCUGUCAUGACGGACAACUGGUUGUGACGCUUCAUCGGGAAACGUUCACCAAAUCCCAAGCUGAGCUGAACCGAUGUGAGGCCGAUCUCAAAAGGCUUACUGAGGAGAGAGACGCCCUCAAAUGCCUCUAUGUGAAGAAAGAAGAGGAGAACAGGGACCUUCGAACAGACUUGGCCCAGCCUCGUAAGGAAGAGGCCGAGCUGGACGAGCAGCAAAAUCUAGAAAGGAUCGAGCUGCUCCGAGGGGAAGUCGAUCAAAUCAAAGUUGACUGUGAUCGGUGGAAGGAGAACAUGGACCGCCUUGUUGCGGAGAAAGAGGCUGCCUUGGCCAAACUGUCAUCGGUCGAGGUCCAACUUCAGGGCAUUAAAGAGAAAAGUUCUGCCCAGGCCAAAAGGAUCGUGGAGCUCGAAGCCGAGCUUGCUAAGGCCAAGGCAGAGGUCGGGAAGAUGAAGAUUGCAGCUGACAAGUCCAUAGUCGUGUACUUGGCCGAUGUCGAGGCUACUCAAACACAGUUAAGGGAGGCUUCUGAUCGAGAGCGACAGAGCAAUGACUUGGCAAAGUGCCAAUCCCGGAGGGAGAUCCUCGAGGAAAUCCUCGCUCGAGGUUUUGACCUCUCCAAAGAGAUAGCUCAAGCUAAGACACUCGAAGCUGAUGCCAGGUUUCUUGUCUCCUCCGAUGAUGAUGAUGAUGAUGAAGGCAGCCAAGAUAGGUCUGAUAACAACGAGAAGCCCGAAGGAAAAGCUGCCCUUAAGAGAGAAAAUAGCCCCGAGCAUAGUUAG